CGAGGAACAACAAGAAUAAAAACACGGGGGAUUCUUAUAACUUAGGUAGUAGCAAGAGAUCUUCAUCUUUUUUAUAUAGGUACCUAAUAUAUAUAGAUGUUCCUUUCUCGGUGGCUAACCCUUAGGCACGCUGGUUCUUUACACAAUGGAGGAGAAAGAAGCUUCGGUCUCGCUCCACGAGAAGUGCGAUUAUAACGAUAACGAUAAUGAAAAUGAAAAUGUUGACCCCGUCCUAUUGUCUUCGUCUUCUCCCCCGGAGGGCGGCGUCGCUUACGACUCGAAAUUCGAGAAGCGAGUCCUCCGCAAGAUCGACAUCCGACUCGUACCCAUCCUCGGCGCGCUGUACACCAUCGCCAUGGUAGACCGGAGCAACAUCUCGGUGGCGCGGAUAUCGGGGUUGGACGAGGACGUGGGGCUGGACGUCGGCGACCGGGCGUCGGUCGCGCUGCUCGUCUUCUUCGUCGGCUACAUGCUGUUCGAGCUGCCGAGCAACAUGGUCAUCCACCGCGUCGGCGCCGCCAACUGGCUCGCGCUCAUCGUCUUCGCCUGGGGCCUCGUGUCGACGGGCAUCGGGUUCCUCGACAGCUGGGUCGCGCUCGCCGUCCUCAGGUCCCUCCUCGGCGUCUUCGAGGCCGGCUUCUACCCCGGCUGCGUCUACCUCAUCUCCUCCUGGUACAGGCGGUACGAGGUCCAGAAGCGGCUGGCGACCUUCUUCAUGACGGGUUCUGCGCUGUCCGCCUUCGCGAAUGUCUUCGCCCUCGGCUUGAUACAGAUCUCGAAGACGCACCCUGCUUACAAGGGCUGGAGGUGGAUCUACAUUAUCGAGGGCGUCAUUACCUGUGUCGCCGCGAUCCUUGCCUGGUUUAUCAUCGUCGACUUCCCGGAUUCGCACCGCAACAAGUUCCUCUCCGCAGAAGAGGCGGCUUUCGUAAAGGCCCGCCUUGCGGAAGAUCGUGGGUCCGAAGAGCGUCAAAAGGUCACAUGGGACAUUUUCGUCGAGACAAUAACCGACUGGAAAGUAUGGUCGUUCUCGCUGAUGUACUCGGCCGGUGCCGUAGGAGUUUACGCAUUUCUCUUCUUCCUACCCCUUAUCCUGCGCAACGGAAUGGGAUAUUCGCAGGAGCUCGCAUUCGUCCUGUCGGCUCCGCCAGCUCUGUUUUCCGUCGUAGAAGGCAUGGCUGUCUCGUGGCUCGCCGACAAGAUGCGUCUACGAGGACCGUUCGUUAUCGUCCAGGGUUUUGUAGCAAUCGUUGGGCUGUGCAUGACAGGUUUCCUCAAGCAGCCUGUUCCGAGAUAUGUAGGAACAUUCUUAGGCGAAGCUGGAGUAAAUGGGCUCGUGGUAACUACACUUGCUUGGCAGGCGAACAAUCUCCGCGGUGAUGCCAAGCGCGCCUGUGCCACGGCUGUCUUGAUUACUGUUAGUGGUCUCGGUGGCAUCUACUCGUCCCUAGUCUUCCGCCAACAGGACGCCCCUGAUUAUCUACCUGGCAUAAUAGCCGUGAUGGCUAUUUGCGUUGCUGCUGUGAUUGCCGCUUGCAUCUCCAUAGUUCUCCUCAAGUGGGAAAACAAGCGUGUAGAUGAAGGUAAAAAGAUUAUCGAUGGCCAUGUUGAUUUUCGAUAUACAAUUUAGAGAAAACGAUUAUAAAUAAAACGCUGUUAGAAUUCAAAAAAGCUACGCUACAGAUAGGCACCUGAGGCAAUUCGACUUUAAGGAGUAUACGAGAGAUAAAUUCAUCAGGCCAUCACGGCCGCGGAUGGGCUAGGCUUCCAAUAUCCAUCCUGAUAUUAUCAAGAAUGAAAGCUGUAAAGAAUAUAUGUGACUUAGGUACCUACCUAAUGAUAUCCACCAGGUAAUCAAGGGCAGCGGGUGAUAUACUGUCAUGCUAGAUGAUAUUACCUAGGUAGUUAUCCGUCUCAUAGGAAAUCAAAUUCCAACCUAGAAUCUGAUAGAAGGACCAGUUUAAAAUAAUAUCCACA